UAUAGGAGUCUCUCUAUACGCCAUUUUAAAGUGCAGUGUCAUCAGCGCUCCGAGUAACAUAAAUUGACCGCGUGUAAAGAUUAAAUAUAUUUAUCGUAUAUCAAAACAACGCCUGGAGUUUUGCGAAUAUCAGUCAUGUCGGGAGGAAGCCUAUUCGGUAGUAAUGCGUCGCGCGGCACCCCGAAGAAUUUGGUUGAAUUCAAAGCUGGAAAGAUGACCAUGAAGGGAAAGAUGAUUUAUCCAGACAUUCGAAAGGGCCAGCUUUACGUCUAUCAAUCGGACGAUUCUUUGAUGCAUUUCUGUUGGAAGGACCGCGUAUCAGGCUACGUCGAAGACGAUUUAAUCAUUUUCCCUGAUGAUUGCGAAUUUAAACAUGUUCCUCAAUGCAAAACUGGUAGAGUGUAUCUUUUGAGAUUCAAGUCGUCAAAUAAAAAGUUCUUUGUCUGGCUGCAGGAUUUAAAAACGGACAAAGAUGAAGAAUACUGCAGAAAGAUUAAUGAGGUCCUCAAUAAUCCACCAACUCCUGGGUCACAGAGAAGUGGAUGCACAAACCCAGAGGAAGAUCUCCACAAUUUGUUGAGCAACAUGUCUCAACAACAAUUUAUGCAACUAUUUAGUGGGGCAGAUCAAGUAGGUUUGGGUAAUCUGUUGGGAACAGUAAAUAGACUUCAAGGUGUACAAAGCACGAGAGCUUCCACGAUGACUGCAUCAACUAGGGUCACUACUAAUGCUUCGAGACCCUCUACGCAAGUGGCAUCGACACCCGCAUCUACCAAUGACUCUACCAAAUCCACUAAUGGAGACAGCAAGUCUUCGUCGACGACAUCUACAACAGCGACUAGAACACCGGGUACGUCGACGCCUAGUGGUAACACAACAGCAGGCACUAAUAACAAGAUCCAGCUGAGCGCUCUGCAUAAUUUUCUGUCAAGAAUUCGAACGCCAGGAUCCGAAUAUCCCGUUUAUCAGUGGGACGUAGUGACCGAGCUGACGCAUAGCAUCCCCUCUGCGAUCUCCGUGACGGAGAGCUUGGAGCGCGCGAUGAGCCCGCACUUGCCGCCUGGGGAUCGCCUGUGCACAACGCUAGUGUCUCCCCAGUUCUCCCGGGCGCUAUCAAUGUUCUGGUCUGCUUUGCAGUCAGGCCAGGCGGGACCCGUCAUCAGUCAAUUCGGCCUGGGUCCAGAAGCCGUGAACGCUGCUGCCAGUGGCAACAUUGAAGAGUUCGUCAACGCCCUCGAGUCCGAGGCGAAAUCAUCGACUGGCCAGCAACAGCCAGAGCAACAAACGCAACAACAACAGCAGCAGCAGCCGCAGCAACAACAACAGCAGCAGCAACAGCAAGGGCAGCAGGAAGAGAAAAAUGCUAAAGAGCAACAAGCACCGCCGCCAGCGUCUUCUAGUCCCGAUAAGAAAGAUGACGACGACGAGUUCAUGGCUUUAGAUUAAGAAUUCUAAAUCGCUAUCAUUUCGAAGAUAUAAGAUAUUAUGUACUUGCAAUAUAAUAAACAAUUCCGUAAAGCAUAACGCGCUUCGUUAUCUAACGAGGAUAUUGUGAGGUGUACGGAGAAUCGUCAGAGAGAGAUUCUCCUGAUUGUUUAAUGUCUCAAUUGGAAAGCCCGUACUCGAAUUAAACAGCGCAGUGAAGUUUGUAUAUUAAAAUGUAUUCAAAUAAAUUGAAAUCAUUAUGAAGCA